UGGAUACCGGAACUCGUGCUCUAGGCUCCGUGCACCCUGCCCGGAAGGCUAUGGCUGUGGCCACUGUGGCUGCAGCGCUCCUGGCCGCACUGGGUGGGACGCUGUGGCUGGCCGUGCGGCGGUUCUCGGGGGUCAGGGGCCAGCGGAUGCAGGGAGGCGGGGACCAGAGCCUCAUGCACGGGAAGACAGUGCUGAUCACCGGGGCAAACAGCGGCCUGGGCCGAGCCACGGCGGCCGAGCUGCUGCGCCUUGGGGCGAGGGUCAUCAUGGGCUGUCGGGACCUCGGGAGAGCUGAGGAGGCGGCGGGUCAGCUCCGCCAGGAGCUCGGCCAGGCUGGGGGUCAAGAGCCCGACGCCACCAAAGGCCAGCUGGUCGUCAAGGAGCUGGACCUUGCCUCUCUACGUUCAGUGCGAGCCUUCUGCCAAGAACUGCUGCAGGAGGAACCCAGGUUAGACGUCCUGAUCAAUAAUGCAGGGAUCUUCCAGUGCCCAUACAUGAAGACUGAAGAUGGCUUUGAGAUGCAGUUUGGAGUGAACCAUCUGGGCCACUUCCUACUCACCAAUCUUCUGCUUGGCCUCCUCAAAAGUUCCGCUCCCAGCAGGAUUGUCGUCGUUUCUUCCAAACUUUAUAAAUAUGGAGACAUCAACUUUGAAGACUUGAACAGUGAACAGAGCUAUAAUAAAAGCUUCUCUUAUAGUCGAAGCAAACUGGCUAACAUUCUUUUCACCAGAGAACUAGCCCGUCGCUUAGAAGGCACAAACGUGACUGUCAAUGUGUUGCAUCCUGGUAUUGUGCGGACAAACCUCGGGAGGCACAUACACAUCCCACUGUUGGCCAGACCACUUUUCAAUUUGGUAUCGUGGGCGUUUUUCAAAUCUCCGCUAGAAGGUGCCCAGACCUCCAUCUACUUAGCCUCCUCACCCGAGGUGGAAGGGGUAUCUGGAAAGUACUUUGGAGAUUGUAAGGAGGAAGAACUAUUGCCCAAAGCUAUGGAUGAGUCAGUUGCAAGAAAACUGUGGGAUAUCAGUGAAGUGAUGGUCGGCAUUUUAAAGUAGGAGUAAAGAUAAAAGGGCUAUUUAUAAGACUAUCCAUCACAGCCUUGGUCGGGAGCAACAUGUUGUGAGUGUGUGCUCCUUGAACACAGUUUGGGUUUUACGGUAAUACUGCUGAGAGAUACUCAUGAGUAUUUGAAGGGCACUGUUAGGUGGGCUAAUAAAGUUAAAUAACUAAAGUGAGCGAAACCAUUCUGUUUUAUUAUUAAAAAUUAUAAUUGGGCAAUCAUAAAUUACAGAUGCUGAAGAUAUCCACAAUUUAAAAGAUACCUUGAGAGGGUUUUCAAAAACUUUUUGGAUUUCAUAAUGAGAUGUUAAGAAUUUUUCCUACAAUGCCUGUUUUGUGGAAAUAGUAUGCCUAGUGUGUGCACAUAAAUGAUUACGUAGAAUAAAUGUAUGAGGCCGA